ACAACACACAAAUAAUAAAUGUCGUUUCUUUGGUUUCGUCUAUCGCUGACAUUUCGAUAGACAGUAGACACACAACAACGAGAACCUAAGCCGUAAGAAUUCAAAGUACAAAAAAAGAACAUUGAAAAACAAACCACUGAGUACCUAUACCACUGAGACAUUGUAUUGAAUUGUCAAGAAAAAUAGUAAAUAAAUCUAUAGGAAACUUGCAUUCUAAAUAAACAGUAAAACUGUGAAUUCUAAGUUUGUACAUGCCACAAUACUCCAAUCUAAACUUAUUUAUUUUUGUGUUAAAAGUCAGCGUAGUUCGAUAUAACUUAUAAUGUCUGGUCCUAUCCAAGACGUCGUGGAAGAGGAUGCUGCAGAUUUGCAGUUUCCGAAAGUCUUUUUUUUAUAUUCAGAAUUCGAAAACGCUGAAACUUUACUAAUAUCAGAAGUUGACAUGUUGUUAGAGCAUCGAAAAGCACAGAAUGAAUCUGCAGAAGAAGAACAAGAGUUUUCUGAAGUAUUCAUGAAGACGCUGACUUAUACAAACAUGUUCAAAAAGUUCAAAAACAAGGAAACUAUAACUGCUAUUAGAAACCUUCUACAGUCAAAAAAGCUACAUAAAUUUGAAAUUGCCAGUCUAGCAAACCUAUGUCCAGAGACUCCUGAAGAAGCAAAAGCAUUAAUUCCAUCCUUAGAAGGCAGAUUCGAAGAUGAAGAGCUCAGAAUACUGCUAGACGACAUACAGACUAAACGCAGUAUCCAGUAUUAGUAAAACAAUUCUAUCUUUAUUAUUUAAUUUAAUGAAGGCUAGAUUCUCAAGUCAUAUGCUUUUUAAAAGGAGUUUUGAGUUUUGACAUGUUUCAAUUAUAAAUCUUAAUGGAAAUAUACAAUGUAUAUACUAA